AUGAAGGUGGAGGCAGAGGCAGUUGUUCUGCCAGACUCCAAGAAGAAGAUGAAGCUGAGGCGUCUUCCUCACGUGUUCAGCAGGGUUCUCCAGCUCCCCUUCCCCUCCAAUGCUCACGUCUCCGUCGAGAAACACCCCCACUGCUUCCGUUUCGUGGCGGAGACCUGUGCCCUUCACGUGGAGGCACGCACCCUCCACAUUUCCCCUGGCCUCACCAAGAUUCUCAUUGUCACAGAAACUGAUGAUGCUCACUUUUCCUUCCAUGACCUCGAUCUUGAUAUCUGGAGGUUUCGCCUCCCCGAAUCCACCGUGCCGGAGCUGGCAACCGCUGCCUUGAUCAACGGCGAGCUCACCGUCACAGUGCCUAAGGCUGAAGAACAUGCUUGUGGAGGAGGGAUGAUGAUUGAUUUACUAAAUUGA